GGCGCACUGCAUAAAUGGUUGUUUUGCAUGGCAGAGGUUACUGGGUUAAAUCCCAGUCAGGGUUGAUAUAGCAUGGUGACAUUUUUUAUUUUGCACUUAAAAUACAUCAUUAAACUAUUUAUUUGCCACAAAGCUGUUCAAGUACAAAAUUGCAUUAAAUCAAAUUCAAGUUUAAUUAAAAAAGUGUACAAAUAUUUUCACAUAAAAAAAAAAAAAAGGGUGUAAUGGGGAGUGACAAGGGCCUCCAAAAAAAAUCUGCAUAGGACCAUAAUUUGGUCUGCGGUGUUCCUGUUCCCAUCACACAAAAUAUUUGGAUAAUUGGCACCACAGCAGUCGGCCAAGUUACUUUGCUUCUUGAGUGCAGGUAUUACGGUAAGUAAUAGGUUUGGGCGAUACUGGGGAUUUUGGUAUCAAUCCGAUACCAAGUAAAUGAAGAGUCACUGUAUAGCCAGUACGUGAAAUGUCAAUCGUUGAAUAAUUUGUGAAUUUGUCUCUAGUUGAUUAAUACUAUGAUACAACAGGAAUAAAUGUAUAACCAAAUGCUACUAUCUAAAACAAUGUACUGGUAUAAAAUGCAUUGGUAAUACACUCAAUUAUACAACUGUCAAGAGUAAAAGGUAAAUGGUGCAAACUUAGAAUGCUGAUUGAUUGAGACUUUUAUUAGUAGGUUGCACAGUGAAAUACAUAUUCCGUACAAUUGACCACUAAAUGGUAACACCCGAAUAAGUUUUUCAACUUGUUUAAGUCGGGGUCCACUUAAAUUGAUUAAUGCAACAACAUAAACAUCCCAUCACGAUAGUAUCAAUCCGAUAUCAAUAUCCAUGCCUAGAUCGAUACGCCCCUCAAUAGAAAUUAGAUCGUGAGGAUCCGUUCCUUUCAAAGAUUCGUUCAAAAGAUCGUCUCGUUAUUAUAGGUUAGUUUGAUAAAGGAAACAAACACCGGUAGCAGUUAAAAGACAAAAUGUAGAACAGAAUAAAAAAAUAUGAAAUAUUGACCAUGUUUUUAUUAUUGUCGGACUCUGACUUGUCUUAUAGUCCAGGCGCCAGUCGGGUGACAAACUCAUGCAACAUGGGCAUUUGAUUAUAAAAGUGGCCUCCGAACGUAUGUGCAAAUCGGCUCUCCACUGUCACUUAAAUAGCUGGUCAAAAAAAUCGUUUCGUUCGCGAACGUCACAUCUGAAGCGGCUAGCGCCUCGCAGUGAAACAAAGACGGUAGGUCCAUGGCGAUAUUUGACAAUCUUCUGCAAAACACAUGUUCUUUUUCUCAAGUUUCUAACAAGUCGUCGAGUGCUAAAUAAACAUUUGACUGCUAGUAGACAGUCAACAAGCUAGGCUAGGCCGCUAGCUUCAGUUUAGCAAUGUAGGCUACGUCAGCUAGCUCGGAAGCAAGCACGCAUCCCAAACAGCAGCCGUCCUCUCACUUUUGGCUUUGGUUCUUGUGGAAUGCAUCUGUCCAAGAAAUGUUCCGCCUUCAGAGUGGUGCUGAGUGCUCUCCUGUUGGUGGCGCUGCUGCAGCUCCUCUACUUGUCCUUCUUGUCCAAGUUCCACGGCAAACAGCAGCGAUACCGCUACUCGGAACUCUUCGGAGGCUCCCGUCCGGAGAACGUGGAACACCCCGAGAGGAACUCACGCAAGGAACGUCUGAGGUACUCUCUCUCCACGGGGGGCAUAUUUGACAACAGUGGACAGUACCGAGUGUACAAGAACCUGAUUAAAAGCGAGCAGAACCCGGCCAACAACGUCCUGACUUUGGCGACCCACGCGAGUAUCAACAACCUUCACCACCUCGAAGCUCUUGUGGAGAGGUGGCAGAACCCACUCUCAGUGGCUAUCUUUGCUCACGGACAGGAUGUCAAGUUUGGCACGGCGCUGGUGUACGCGCUCAGCGUCCUGUGUCCUCAAGUCCAGGCCCUGGUGGACUUCCACCUGGUCUGCCUCUCAGGGGAGACGGCCAGCUUUCCCGAGCAGGAUCACCAGCACUUUGCAGGCCUGGACGACUGCGCCGCCGUCUUUUCCAGGCUAGACUCCCACAGGGACAAAUACAAGAACUACGUCAUCAGUGGAAACAUAUCCUACCCCAACAACCUUCUUCGGAACGUGGCCCGAGGAGGCGCAGAGUCGUCUUACAUCCUGGUGAUGGACAUGGACAUGAUGCCCAGCGCCGACCUGCACCGAGACUUCCUGGCCAUGGUGGAGAGGCGCGAGCCAGUCCCCAACCAGGUGUUUGUCUUACCUGCAUUCGAGAUCCGCCACGCCAGAAAGAUACCGGCCACCAAGGCCGAGCUGGUGCAGCUCUACCAGGUGGGCGAGGUGCGGCCGUUUUACGAGGAGCUGUGUACUCGCUGCCAAGCCCCUACCAACUACUCGCGGUGGGUCAACGGCCACGUUCGAGGCGGCGAUGCCCUGGAGGUGGCCUACACGCUCACCUGGACCGAUCCGUGGGAGCCCUUCUACAUCGGCCCGCGUGGCGUGCCGCUCUACGACGAGAGCUUCAAGCAGUACGGCUUCAACCGGAUCAGCCAGGCCUGCGAGCUUCAUGUGGCCGGAUACCGCUUCUCCGUUUUAAACUCGGCCUUCCUGGUCCACCGCGGCUUCAAGAUCCAGGGGGAAUUCCACGCCAAGAAGGACGAGGAGAACAAACGCAACCGGCUUUUAUUCCGCAGCUUCAAAGAGGCUCUGAAGAGCAAAUAUCCAUCGUCUAGCAGAAGAUGUUGAUAACACUCGUUUGGACUCCUGAAACCACAUUUCAGUCAACGACACUGGCGGCCACCAGAUGGCAGCAGGCGCCCUGAUGGUACUUGGGUGUUGCCAGUGCAUGUGAUGCGCUGCAACAGGGCCCAGUAAAUCAGAUGUCUUCAUGUUUGUCAGCCUGUCCACGUAGCAUCUGUAGUGCCUGAGCCUUUGUUGUCAUUUCUGCACAGUAUUUAUUGUAAAGUCAUACGGUUAUUUAUGCUACGUUGCACUGAGUUGUAUUUAUUUUGACUUUGUACUGUUUCUUAAUAAAGCUGCAGGAGGACAACGGCCAAAACAAACCAGCAUUUUUUUUAUAGAUGGACUUAACAUUUUUUAACAAAGUAUUUAUAACCGGAGUAAAAGUCCAUGACCCAUUUGGAGUAGCAGCAUUGCUCUAUUUAAAUUUAACAAGCUGAAUUGUAUUCCCCAACUGUCUGAAUCUGCUUAAAGUGUCCCAAGUGCAGACCCAAAGGCCAUUUUUUGCUUGCAGCUCAUUUUAAUUGGGCCUCAGCAUAUUUGGUAAAAUCCGAUCUUUUUAUGUAGUUGUUCACAUUACCUCAAAAUUGUACUCGAGUUUUGUGUAUAACCUUUAUAUCGACUAAUUUGUUCGAUCAAGCAAGUAAUCCGGAAAACCCCACUUAAUAGCCUCAACGUGCGUUUCAAAGAAAAUGGUAUAAAUAAAGAUUG